AUGAAAGAUCCUUUUGUAAACGACUCCGGUAUCGAUUCUCCCGCACGAGAUAGUAUGAGAAAUAUUGAAGGAUGUUACAAUAGAAACAUUUUUAAGGGGAAAUCUUUUGCUAAUUCACGUCGUGCCUUGCAAUCUGGAGCUGAGAAGAUUACGAGGACGUUCAAGAGCGUUAGAAACACCUUCGGAAAUAUAUCGCAGCAUUUUAGACUGAGUGGCCGUAGAAGACAUCGUCUUACUGAAGUUGGUUCCCCAUGCCGUAUGCCGACUACACCAGUUACUAAAAAGAAACAAUUUUCAGGACGUAGCCCAACUAAGUUGUAUAGUCCGUUCGGUAUCGAGACUCCACACAACAGAGACUUCAGAAUGUCUCCAUACAUGCCUGAUACUCCUGAAAAUGGAUUAUCUCCUAAACGUCAUAAGGGAAUGACUCACUCCUGGCACAUCCUGGCCAAAAAACGUCCCAGAGUGCUUUUCCAUUAA